GGUCGCGGGGACUGAGCUUCUACAGGUGGUGAGAUGAGCGGUGCGGGCGUGCUUCAGGAAGAUCUGGACCGAGCUGGGCCUUCGGCACGGGCAGAGGAUGACACAGCCGAGGUGUCGGAGGUUCCUCCAGUAGCGGUGGCAGUGGAUCAGGUGGAGCCCGAGGGUAAGUCCGCUUUGACACAGACAUCUCAGACAUGGCCAUGGGGGCCUGUAGGGUCAUCAUGUGGUCCCACUAGCUGGGGAUCUCAGUUGCCACAUUCUUCCUAUUCUAGUCAUCCGGCUUGGCCAGGUAUUCCCGGGCAGCUGCAACCUGUAGGUGUUGGGCCAUGGCAGCCUUGGGGUCAUGCGCCUGUCCCGGCUCAGCAAGGGCUGGGGGGACUUGGUCCGGUCCCUGUUACGCCUGGUUCCAUACCCGCCGCGCCGGCUUCUUCAGCCACUGCGGGGGGUAGCCCACAACCGUUUGGGCAACCGGCAGCUUUCUGGCCUCCCUAUCUAGGGGGUCUUUAUUAUCAGCCCACCGCCUUGGGGUCGUUGCCCUACCGGGCCAUGCCGUUUGGUGACGCGGCCCUCCCUUUGGGAGACCACCUGACCCCUGCCACCAGGGACAAGAUAUUGCGUGGUGAGUUCGUCGACGUCUUUACUCUUCUUUUCCGGGAACUGGAAAAGAAGGAUAAAGAGGACAUGGAUGAACGCGAUAAGGAGAGGAUGAAGAGGCGUAAGGUGGAUCGUUCCUGGUCCAAUUGGCUGCCGGGUAUGUUGAUCUAUGCCGGGGUUCUUGCCCGCGCGCAGCCUCACAGGGCUGCCCCCCUGUUUCAAUAUAUUGAUAUUAUAUACAGGGGAUAUACGGAUUUCGUUGGUGCUGCUUGGAUGCAGUACGACGAAGAGUUCCGUAUGCGUGCAGCUUCUGAUCCUACCUUGCCGUGGGACCGUAUACAUCAGCAGCUUUGGCUGCAGUUGAUGGCCCCCGCCAAACCCAAUUUGGGCGAUAGGGCUGACAGUGGGCAUUUGUUGCAUAGGCCUGCCUCCACCUCUGGUACCCGCGCCUCAGCGGGGCAGCCGGUUCAGCCCCGGCUGCUUUGUUGGGACUUUGCCUAUCAGGGCGUGUGUUCCAGAAAAGGGUGCGGGUUUAAGCAUGAGUGCCCACGAUGUAAGGGCCCCCAUUCAUUUCCGGCCUGCCCCCGCCCCAAGCCUCGGGGUGGCGGGUAUAGGCGCCCAGUAGGCGGCUCCGGACAAGUUGCUCCUGACAAAGGGUCCUUCUCCCAUAAAGCUGAGGGCUCUGGCUGAGGCCUUGCGGAAUUAUCCUGACAGAGUUUCUGCACGGUUUUUGUUAGACGGCUUCACUUAUGGUUUUAAAAUUCCGUUUCAGGGCCCUCGGGCCCCUUUCAUGUCCCAAAAUUUGCGUUCAGUUAAGGGUUUGGAGGGCGUAGUUAGGCGUAAGAUAGACAAGGAAUGUGCUGAAGGGCGCGUCUUGGGCCCAUUUGCCGCCCCUCCGGUGCCCAAUUUGAGGGUUUCCCCCCUGGGAGUUGUGCCUAAGAAGGCAGCGGGUGAGUAUCGGCUGAUACAUCACUUGUCUUUCCCCAAGGGGGAUUCCGUUAAUGACGCCAUUCCGGAGCAUUUGUGUUCCGUUAGGUAUACGUCAUUUGACGAGGCGGUUAGUAUGGUUAGGAGGAAUGGUUGGGGUGCGGAAAUGGCGAAAUGCGACAUAAAGUCAGCAUUUCGCCUUCUCCCUGUGCACCCGGGGGACUUUGAGUUGUUGGGGUUCUCCUUUGAUGGCCAGAUUUACAUGGACAGGGCGCUCCCAAUGGGUUGCUCUGUGUCCUGUGCGGCCUUUGAGAAGUUUAGUUCCUUUUUGGAGUGGGCCUUGCGUCAGAGGCUGCGAAGCCGUGACUCCGCCCACUACCUUGAUGAUUUUAUUUUUUGUGGUCCCCGGGGGUCUGGACAAUGUGCCCGCCUGUUGGUGGGUUUUAUGGCGUUGGCGGAGGAACUCGGUGUUCCGCUGGCGCAUGAGAAGACCGAGGGGCCCACGCAGGUGUUGACUUACCUAGGGAUCGAGAUUGAUACGGUGGCGCAGACAUUUCGUCUCCCAGCAGCCAAAGUGGCCGAUUUGCGUGAGCGGUUGAUUGCCAUGCGUGGUAAACACAAGGUUACGCUACGUGAGCUGCAACAGCUCGUGGGUCACCUGAAUUUCGCUUGCAAGGCUGUGGCACCUGGGCGCGCCUUUUUGCGACGCCUGUGUGAGGUUAUGGCAGGUUUGCGUUUGCCCCAUCAUAAGGUUAGGUUGUCUGUAGGUGUUAGGGAGGACCUUCAGGUGUGGGAGGACUUUCUUGCCUCAUUCAAUGGAGUGACUUUAUGGCGGGAGGAAUUGCUCCUGGAGGCUGAAUUGCGGGUGGCUUCAGACGCUUCCGGGGCUUGGGGCUUCGGUGUCUUUUUUAGGGGACACUGGUGCGCGGAGCCUUGGCCAGCUGGUUGGCGCACUACAGGCGUCACUAGGGAUCUCACGUUUUUGGAAUUUUUUCCAAUCCUGGUUGCGCUUUGGUUGUGGGGGGAUGAGCUCGCCAACCAUGUUGUCCACUUUUGGUGCGACAACAUGGCAGUGGUGCACGUGAUCAAUUCCCUCUCUGCCAGAUCUCCCAGGGUCAUGGGGUUGGUCAGGCCAUUUACGCUCCGAUGCCUUCGCCUGAACAUUUUGUUCAGGGCUAGGCACGUCCCUGGUAUUGACAAUGGGGUGGCGGACGCUCUGUCUCGCCAGCAGAUGGAGCGCUUUCGCCUGCUUGCACCCGGCGCAGACCCCUCGCCAUCUCUGAUGCCUGUGGAGUUGUGGAGUCUUGGAGGGACGAAGUGCACAGAGCCAUCCGUCUAGCCAUCGCACCCAGCACGAGGAGAGCGUAUGAUCGCGCUGUGCGGCAGUUCAUGAGCUUCCGUAUUGAGGCUGGUUUGGAGCAGUGCUGGCCCAUUCCGGCUGAGCACCUUAUGCAAUUCUGUGUUGCGAGACGGGCUGGCGGCCUAUCCGUUAAGUCCAUUCGGGGGCUCUUGGCUGCCCUGGCCUUUAUUAGCAAGGCUAGGGGAGUUCCGGAGAUGACCGGCGACUUCAGGAUUCGUAAGAUGCUUGAGGGUUGGUCCCGGGAGGCUGGCGCGCGGCAGGAUGCCAGGCAACCUAUUUCGCCAGCCAUACUGAAAGGAUUGGUGGGCGCCUGGCAGUCGGUUUGCCUAUCGGGCUACGAAGCGGCGCUCUUCCACGCGGCGGCGCUUACGGCCUUCUUUGGGGCUCUCAGGGUUGGUGAGUUGGUGGCUCAGUCUCGCUUGGACCUCUCUCAGCGGGCGUUGCUACUUCAGGAUGUACGGUUUGUGGGAGAGAAAGUCUCUUUAAGGAUCCGGUCGUCCAAGACUGACCAGCAUCGUAAAGGGUCGACAGUUUGGUUGGGCUCUUGCGCUGACGCUGAGUUGUGCCCGGUUAGGGGCUUGCGGGCGUAUCUCGAGAAGAGGGGAGAUGGCGAGGGUCUUCUCUUUCGCCAUUGCGAUGAGUCCCCUCUCACCAGGUAUCAGUUCUGGUCUGUCACUGGGCGGGCCUUGGCUAAGUUGGGCCUGGAGGGCUUCAAGUUUGGUACCCAUUCUUUCAGAAUUGGGGCGGCUUCUACCGCCGCUGCCAUGGGAUACACUGAUGCGGCUAUUCGCAGGGUUGGGCGGUGGCGUUCGGCGGCUUACCGGGGGUAUGUCCGCCCUCUGCCUGCCCCGAAGUGAGCUGUGUUGACUGUUCUUUCUUUUAGGUGCUGUGGUUCGCCGUGGGAGGUGUCGGAUCCUCAUCUGCGGGCACAGCAUGGUCUUCUGGGCCGCCCAUCAGGCCAAGAGGACCCACCUCGGAUCCCAGCUUGGCCUCAGCCGUUGGGCCCAGAUCGAGUGGCAGGGCCGUCGGGGCCUGCGUUGGCCGGGCCUGUUGCCUCUCCUGUUUGAGGGAAGGUCUGCCCCUCCGCCUCAUUUUUUAGUUAUACAUUUAGGAGGUAAUGACUUAGGUUGGGUCAAGGGGAAGGCUCUUACGCUGCAAGCGCAAGCUGACCUUCGGUUUAUUUUGAGCCGGUGGCCGGGCGUUCUUAUUAUCUAUUCGGCCAUCCUCCCCCGGCGUGUAUGGAAGGAGGCUUUGGAUCAUGAUGCUGUCGAACGGACUAGGCGUAAGGCCAAUAAGGCCAUGUUUAAGGCUUUGGGUGAGGGCCUGGGGGUUUAUUUACCCCAUCCUCAAAUUAGGGACACGUACGCCGACCUCUUUCGGGGGGAUGGUGUUCACCUGUCCUUUAAAGGUAAUGAGAUCUUUCUUACGGAUUUGCGGCAAGGGUUGAGGUUGGCCCUGCAGGAGAUGUGGGGCGUUAGGGCCUAAGCAGAGGCUUGGCCCUAACGGUGGCAGGUUAGCUGGGGUAGGCAGAGCGGGCUGGUGAGCACCCGGUGGCACAUCCCCAUUGGUGGGGAAUGGGGGUCUGUCUCGGAUCGGCUGGCGGGCCUUACGGUUGCCAGCUGAGAGGGCAGACUGCCCUUGGGACCCCCCGGAAAAGGCAUUACCUCGGGCCUUACGGCUGGGGUGUAUGGCGCUUUAAAGGGGGGAACCAUUAGCCUGGUCGGCUGGGUUAUAGCCAUGCAGUGGAUGGCUUGCGCCUAGGGCAGGGGGUGCUCGCCCAUGCAGUACGAGGAGCUGGUCACAGUGACCCCCUUGCUCGAACUGUACCGCUAGUUUCACCCUUGCCGUUAGUUAAGUCCCAGUUCAAGUGUUCAGGUUGAAUUGGUCAAUAAAAGGCCCUGUUUCACCCAAGCCUUGUGUCCGUCUCUUCUUUCCGAAUAUGUGGGCAAAUAGGCACUCCCGGUGCGCGUGCGCGCGCGCGCUUACCCGGGUGCCUGGCUUUGCCCUCAUGCACGGAGGGAGAGCGGCUGGCUUUCCCGGGCAUCCGGGAGCCUGACGUGGGCGUGGUUUUAGAGCCGUUAUUGGCUCUGCCCGCCUUCCCCCUCCGUGCAGUUGCUGGCUGGCUCGUCCCACCCUCCUCACCCUUGGAUUGGCAGUACAGGUACAGCCGGUCGCCGUUUUGGGGCCAGGUAGGAAUUUUUUCACCCCUCACUGGAUUGGCAGUUUGUGGGGGGUGUUUUUCGCCUACCUUGUACUGCCUGGGUUUAGGUGUAGUUUUUGUUGUUGGCAGGUUAGCUGGGGUAGGCAGAGCGGGCUGGUGAGCACCCGGUGGCACAUCCCCAUUGGUGGGGAAUGGGGGUCUGUCUCGGAUCGGCUGGCGGGCCUUACGGUUGCCAGCUGAGAGGGCAGACUGCCCUUGGGACCCCCCGGAAAAGGCAUUACCUCGGGCCUUACGGCUGGGGUGUAUGGCGCUUUAAAGGGGGGAACCAUUAGCCUGGUCGGCUGGGUUAUAGCCAUGCAGUGGAUGGCUUGCGCCUAGGGCAGGGGGUGCUCGCCCAUGCAGUACGAGGAGCUGGUCACAGUGACCCCCUUGCUCGAACUGUACCGCUAGUUUCACCCUUGCCGUUAGUUAAGUCCCAGUUCAAGUGUUCAGGUUGAAUUGGUCAAUAAAAGGCCCUGUUUCACCCAAGCCUUG